AAAAAAAAAUGCUGUGGAGGAGGAGUUUAAGGUCAAAGUUUUUCACAGAAUACGGCUGUUUGCUCCCGAAAACAACGACCAAAUGCUGCUUUAACAACUGUUUUUUACAACGCAACAUUCUUUCCUCACACAUAAAAGCGUUGAAGGACACUUCAUGUGACCGUGGGCAAAAUGUCUCGUUACCUGAGGCAUUUCACGGCGGUGGGUGAUGAGCAAAACACCGCAACCCAGUGGCAGGAUGAAGAACUGCACGUUGGCAGCGAAGCCCUUGAGCUCGCCACAGGGCAUCACCUGGGUCAGGUCAGCUUCAGAGACUCCCUACGCAGGCUUUACAGUGCAGAGAAGUUCCAGAUUGUUGUUGUGAGUCUGGUAAUUUUGGAUGCCAUAUUCGUCCUGUGCGAGCUGCUUAUUGACUUAUCUAUCAUUGAAGCAGAUCAUCACAGAAUUGCCCCGCAGGUAUUUCACUAUCUCAGUCUCGCCCUUCUCACAUUCUUCAUGGUGGAGUUGUGUGGAAAAAUCUACGCCUACCGUCUGGAGUUCUUCCGGCAUAAGUUCGAGGUGUUUGAUGGAAUUGUGGUGGUGGUGUCCUUCAUCCUGGAUAUUAUUUAUAUCUCAAAGGAAGAUGCAUUUGAUGCCAUGGGGUUGCUGAUCUUGCUCAGGCUGUGGAGAGUGGCCAGAAUCAUAAAUGGUAUCAUCAUGUCAGUGAAAAAUCGUGCCCAUCACAAAGUUCAGAAAGUGAAAGAGAUCAAUGAAAAUCUCGUUCAAGAAGUCAAUGAACUUAAAGAGCGAAACACCAAAAUUGACCAAGAAAAUGCCAGGCUUCGGGCACUUUUAAAACAGCACAGUAUUGAGUUCUGACUUCAGGUGUCAAGCAGAACGUUCAUUAAAUCACAUCACUUGUUACUGGCAAUUUGAUUGACAGUGAUAAAGACCAAUCAAGUCUUAUUCCAUAUGAAAUGUGAGGAAAUGCAUGAUUUGAAAAGUGCAUUGUGUAUAAAUUGUCACUUAAAAGCUGAAUUGAUCUAGGUUUGCCUACCACUUCUAGAUCUUUAAUUGCACUCUUUAGGGCAGAUGGAUAUUAAGGCCAUUUACUCAUGUUGAUGUAUGUACAGCAAAGGUCAAAGUUAACAUGCAAAGGGAAAUCUAUAAAUGUUAUAUGUACCAUACUGUCAUUUUAAUCCUAUCUCAGAGUAUAACAUGAUUGAUAUUCAUUAAGAAAUCUUAGGAUCAAUAUUACUGUUAUGUAUGAACUGCACAUUUCUUUUAACAUUUCUUUCUUAUUCUGAAUGUGAAUAUGUGAGCAAAUAAAAGCUAUGCAGUAAACAUUUUUAUAAGAGGAAUGAAUUAGUGAUAGACCAGUUUAUCGGCCAAUCAAUCAUGACCGAUUAACAUGGUGUUAUUUUGCUUUUGUUCAAAAAUUAACCGAUGGAUAGUCCACAUUUUCUGGUUGUAAAUUUUGAAGUGUUUAAUUUCAGCAAUUUUUUGUCAGCAUUGUAUAAGCCAUUGGUCACCCUGCUCUUUAGAUUUUGGUAACGUAUCUACCACUGAAAAAAACAUAUUGGUCGACCACUAGGAUGAAAGUAUUCUUUAUUUUAAAAAUGUGAGUGCAUUAUAUACAAUACUAAUAGACAAUAAAUACUAUAUGCAUAAAAUGAAAUCAUGCUAUCAACACAGAAUCAUAAAUAUAAAAAUAAAAAAGUAUCACUUCUUGAAAAAGCAGCAAUAGCCUGA